GCGUUCGCCAGUGAAGCACCUCGCAUCGCUCGAAAGCACAGGCGCUUUCAAUGAUGGCCUCAGUCGUUGCCGCAGUCCUGCUGUGCGGAGCAUUCCUAGCGCCAACCUGCGCACAAGAUGCCGAACUUCGGCACGCUCGGGCCAACAACGGUUUCGGCGUUGCGCUCUUCAAGGAACUCUGUUCAAAGACGGCGGACCAGAACGUUUUCUUUUCGCCCGCGAGCGUCAGCAUCGCCUUGGGAAUGCUCUACGCCGGAGCUGGGGGCGAUACCCUCGAGGAGUUGUCUUCCGUACUGGGACUUGCGAACGCCGGGCUAGUCGACCGAGAUGCCGUACUAACGACGUACAAGUCGCUCCUCGAGAGGAAGCCCGCAAACGCUACACUGGACAUAGCCAACACGGUCCUCAUCCAGAAGGACUUCGAGAUCCUGGACCAGUACAGAAGUGACGUGGUCAAGUACUUCCAAGCAGAGGUGAGGUCGGUGGACUUCGUUCGGGAUGGCUCCAGUGCGACGGCCGAAAUUAACGAAUGGGUGAAAGAGAAGACCGAGGGAAAGAUCCCGAAGCUCCUGGACGAGGCUCUGCCGAUGAACACCGCCGCGUUUCUCAUCAACGCCGUCUACUUCAAGGGGACGUGGGUGACCAAGUUCCGAGCGCGGGACACCAAGCCGCUACCUUUCUACAACCACGGUCGAGACGAGGUGAAAGUGGCCACCAUGUCGAUUCGUCGGCGAUUCGGCUACGCCGUGGUGGACGAACUGGAGGCGAGGGCCUUGGAAGUCCCUUACGCGGGAGACAGGUUCAGCAUGGUCAUCGUGCUUCCGAAGAGCAGGACCGGGCUGCGGACGGUCGAAGCCCGCCUGACAACCGGCUUGGUGGACAAGAUCGUGAAUCACCUGACACGGGGAGACGUCCAGCUGUGGCUGCCAAAGUUCGAGCUGCGUACCGACUACGACCUCGUGAAGCCGCUCCGUCGGCUGGGGCUCGAAAGCGCCUUUGGCGAUGGUGCGGACUUCUCGGGCAUCAGCGGCAGGAGCGACCUGGCGGUGUCCGACGUCAAGCACAAGGCCAUGGUGGAAGUUGGCGAGGAAGGCACUGUGGCUGCUGCCGUCACGUCGGUCCGUAUGAGGUGGAAGACAACAAGCGUUGGACGCCUGCCUCCCAUUGCGUUCCGCGUCGAGCACCCGUUCGCGUUCUUCAUUUGGGACAAAGUGAGCAUGCAGGCGCUUUUCAUGGGGGCAGUUAGGAGUCUCAACUGAUCCGUCGCUACGUUUACGCGUAACAAAGUGCCUCAAACGUUCCCCACGAGUGUGUGAGCAAUUUGCAAACUUGAGUUAGUACAUCGUAAUUGUACCGCGAGACAUUCGCUUCGACGUCGUCGCUCGAAUUCCACGCGUUGCGUUGGGACUUCAAAUGCAAUCGACCAAUAAAACAUUUUCUGCGGAUAGAGAAUUGAGUUCCCGUCUUUUAUCAUUAAGGUUAUGUAACCUGAACUCAACCGGACGUAACUAAGGACAAGUGCAGGUUGGCAACUGCCGCCUGAAGGGGCACAACAAACUCCUUGUUUUUUCUCCUCUUGUUCGUUUCAUUUAUUGAGCUUCAAAUGUAUACGCAGUUAAUUCGC